UACAGGAAACUCUCUCUCUCUCUCUCUCUCUCUCUCUCUCUCUCUCUCUCUCUCUCUCUCUCUCUCUCUCUCUCUCUCUCUCUCUCUCUCUCUCUCUCUCUCUCUCUCUCUCUCUCUCUCUCUCUCUCUCUCUCUCUCUCUAUUGUCAUCUCUUUGUCACUCUGUCACAAGGAGACAGUGCUCGCACACUGACCAUUGGAUAUAGCUGAGGACUCUGACCCCAAAGUGAAGAGGAGAGGACACUUCAUCAUGAUUCAGUCCAAUCAAUUCAUAUUCUGCUGCUGCUGUGUGGUCCAAAGCAGUAACCACAUGGAGAUGGAUGAAAGAAGGUCCUCUACGUGUUUCCAGUUGCAGAUCUACCCAGGACGUGCUCGCAGGGAGGACCGGUCACGAAGGCGCCUCCCCCCCACCCCUCCCAUUGAGGAGGAUUACGAAGACCAGGGGUUGCUAAGGGUGGUUGCUACGUGUGACUUAAUGGAGAAAGACGACACUGACCUCAGACUCAUUAAGGGAGAAGAGUACACCAUUCUUCACAAACAGACACAGCACCGGUGGAGAGCUCAGGACAGAAUGGGCAACAGAGGCUUCAUCCCCAGUAACUACGUGAAGGAGAAGAUCUCUAUGGACGCCAAUUUGUGGUGCUGUAACAUCACCAGAACCGAAGCAGAACACCUCCUCAGACAAGAGGAUAAGGAGGGUGGUUAUGUAUUGCGGACCUCCAGCCAUCAGGGGCUCUACACUGUGUCUGUCUACAGUAAGACUGCGGGGUUUAGCUGUAUCAGGCACUACCAGAUCAAGCACACAGACUCAGGUCAAUUCUUCCUGGCUGAGAAAUACACCUUCGGGUCCAUCCCUGAAGUGAUCACCUACCACCAGCACAACGCCGCAGGUCUAGUUACUCGAUUGCGGUAUCUGAUUUCUCCAAUGAGAAGGUCUCUUCCUAUUGCUGGUUUCAGCUCAGAGAAGUGGGAGAUUGAUCUCAGUGAGCUGACCAUCCUUGAUGAGGUGGGCAGCGGUCAGUUCGGUGUGGUGCGGCUGGGGAUGUGGAGAGGGCAGGGCAAGGUGGCCAUCAAGGCUGUGAAGGAGAACACCAUGCGCGACGAGGACUUUAUUGAGGAGGCCAAGGUCAUGAUGAGGAUGGACCAUCCCCAGUUGGUAAAGCUGUACGGAGUGUGUCUGAAACAGCAGCCCCUGAUGCUGGUCACAGAGUUCAUGGACAACGGCUGCCUGCUCAACUUCCUGCGCCAGAGGGGCAGGACCGUGGGAGGGGCGUGGCUUCUGUCCACCUGUCAGGACAUCUGCCAGGGCAUGACCUACCUGGAGAGACACAACUACCUACACCGAGACCUGGCCGCCAGGAACUGUUUGGUGGAUCACCAGCAGAAGGUGAAGGUCAGCGACUUUGGCAUGACCAGGUAUGUUCUAGAUAACCAGUACACCAUAGUCACUGUACAGUGUGUUCUAUGUUAUUACAGGUAUGUUCUAGAGAUAACCAGUACACCAUAGUCACUGUACAGUGUGUUCUAUGUUAUUACAGGUAUGUUCUAGAGAUAACCAGUACACCAUCGUCUCUGUACAGUGUGUUCUAUGUUAUUACAGGUAUGUUCUAGAUAACCAGUACACCAUAGUCACUGUACAGUGUGUUCUAUGUUAUUAAAGGUAUGUUUUAGAUACACCAUAUGCCCCUUUUCCCCCGGCGGGUAAACUUCGGACCCAGCACGCCUCAGCCCAGUAGUGAGGGUGCGGUGAUCAUAGACAUCUUAUAUGAUAGACGGAGCAUCGAAUGCUACCGCCUACUGGCGCUGACGAGACGCGGGGCUGCCAUCUUGGAGUGGUCAUCCGCUCCACUCAGUGUAAUCCGUUUGGCUGGAGCAAUGAACUGUCAGUGCAUUUAAUUAAUCAUACCUCACUGAAUACCACUGAUUUUCAUGCGUUUUUUUUGUCAUACGUGUAGCUAUGAUAAAGGCCACAUGGUUUGGCGUGUUUUAUUAUUCAAUACCAAUUAUACCAAUAGUACGGUAAUGUUAAAUCUUACUUGUGAAAAGUAAUCCCCCGAUUCCUAUUGUGAAUGGUCCGCCGAUUUGAGCAGGAAUACGCUGAACAACAGCCCGGCAUCCUGUUUCUGCUGCUGUUGCUGCUCCCGGUUGACCACUCCAAGAUGGCGGCCGUAUUUCUCGCGUCCCAGCAGCCAAUGCUCCGUCUAUGCUAUAAGAUGUCUAUGGCGGUAAUGCCCAGCUCAGUUACGGCUCGCGUUUCCACCGCCGAUUGUAGGGCGGGGUUUAAUCCGUAUGGCGAUAGCCGCGCAGCUACAAGCAUCGUGAUCUCAGAGCAGCCCAACACAGUGAAGCCUGCUAAUAAAUUAAAGGAAAAAGAAGAACGCGCACAAUGAACAAUGAGCAACAAUGCAGUACGUCCAAGAAGGACGGCAAAUUUUAGCGGGACAUUUUCUCCAAUAAAAUUGGAGAAAAUGUCGGGUAAUGUUUUGCGGGUAAUGUGUUCCUUUGUUAUUGUCCCCCGUCGCACGGAAGUGCGAUUCUGUCGAUCAAUCAACGGACGACGUGUGUAGCUCGAACUUGCUGGCACCCUUUCAGGCGUCUCAGUGCCCCAAUAGAGGAGUACUGCGGGACGAGGACGGCUGAAUACGGCUCAGUCCGGAUCACGCCAUCUUUUUGCACCCUCUGGUGGAAAUGAGCCAAUAGUCACUGUAAAGUGUG